AUGCCCAAGAAGAAGGACAAGAAAAGCGCCGACAAACAGGAUAAAGACAAGAAAACACCGAAAAAGGACAGUUCCGCGACUCAUGCAGAUAAAACCCCUUCUGACGACAAAGAGAAGGAUUUAUACCUGACUCAAGUACGAUAUUUGAGCGAGCAGCUGGAGAGAUAUCAGCUGAAAUGUGAUCAGCUGGAGAGGCAGAGGAAAGAUUUAGACUUUCAGUACAGUGCACUGGAGAGGGAGAAGAAGGACAUUGUUGAGUAUCUGAAACGCUCCCUGCUGGAAAAGGAGGAUGAGGUGGAUGAGCUGACAGAGCGCUUGGAGAGUCAGCGGCAGGCUGCCGAUGAGCACAGACAGGCCUUACAGCUGCAGCACAGUCAGCUGAGUCAAGAGCUGCAAGACCGGAUUGAAGAACUCACCGCAGCAAACAUGACAUUUGCAUCGCAGCUUGCUGCUCUGGAGGAGUUUCAGAAGCAGAAGGAGCAGCUGAUGUCCAACAUGGAGUCUCUGGAGAAGCAGCUGGCCAGUGAGAAGAAGGAACACAAAGCUGCCAUCCACAGCCUGGAGAUGAAAGCACUGCUGGAACAGAACAGGUUGAUGAAGGAGAUGGAGAGUCAUGUGGCAGCUAUGGCAGAUGAGGUGCAGCACCUGGUGGACCAGAAGGUCCCGGAGACAACUAGGUUGGCCCUUCAGGAGAACACGGAGGUUAAGGCUCGAUACAGCCAGCUGUCAGAGCAGGCACAGGUCCUGAUGGGAGAGAACUUUGCCCUGCGGGACCGUAAGAGCCAGCUCAGUGUAGACGUGGACAACCUGGAGCAAAUGCUCAGCGAGACAUCCCGCCAGAGCUGCAUCCGCAAGAAGGUGGUGGAGAAGCUUACAGAAAAGUGCCAGCAGCUGCAGGUGGAGCUGAAAGACUGCCGGCAAGAACUGGAGCAGCUUCGGUCUGAACACACAGGAGUCCUGGCUGAGAUGGAGGCACUCAGGCAGGACCGGGCCUCACUGACCGAGCAGUGCAGAAAAACCAGUGCCGAGGUGAGUGGGCUGGAGAAGGAGCUACAGGAGGAGAGGAGGAAGAGGAGCAGGAUGAAGAGCAUCAUGCAGGAAGCAGCCAGCACUCUCAGACUGGCCCUGAUGGAGGCACCCAUCGAGCAGGACUUGGAGGUGGACUCUGUUGUCCAGUGGAAGCAGCUGAUGCAGGAGCUGCUGGUGGUCUUGGACAGGCCCCCACUCACUAACUCCACCUCUGACAGCGACCAGCAGAAUGAGCUGCAGACCUCCGACCCUACAGCAGCCAGAGCAGGGGCCGUGAAUCCAGCUUUGAGUUUCCAGUUGGAUCUGGCCCGCCACAGGCUGGGCAAUCUGGGCCUUGUGCCCUGUCCCACACUGAAACAAAAACACACACUCUCCAGGGCCGGUGCUGGCACCCGCAUGCCUCUGCCCAGGAAGCCCCCCAGUCUGAGAACAGCCGGCUCCAUUAAACCAACUGAUUCAGCUGUCAGAUUUCUGACCUCCAGAAACUUCAUCACUAAACCCAAGUAA